AUGACUGACAAUCUAAACCUGAUCGAUCUUCGCAUAAAACCAUGCGCUUACGUUCAGGACGUGAUUGAAGGUUCUUUUGUAAAACUGAUCGAAGGAACGGAAUACAGUGGCGGCCAACAUAUUUACAGUUUCAAAGUUUCUGGUGAGAACAGGAUUAUUUCAUUGGUUAACGGAGACCCAGAAGGAGCUACAUCGCUUCAAUCAAAAGCUUAUGGAGAAUUAUCAGAUAUCAAUUGUAAAAUGUUGAGACCCUUCGAAACAUUUGCUGACGAAACAUUGAAUGUAGCUAAGAAUUUAAUUGACUUGAAAUUAAAACAACAAAAUCAAAGCACAUUUGGCGAUAAAAACUUGAACAACAGCUACUGGAUGGAGAUUAACUGGGAACACGCAGGGAUAACUUUUAACGACAUGUUGAAGAUAGUGGCAGAGCAAACAACUCACUUGUUCGGGUUAAGAAAGAAAGGGGAACUAAUAAUUGAUCAUUACAAAUCUGUUGGAGCUGAUCAGUCCCAUUCAUUUCUAAAAGCGGCCGACGGCAAAUCGCUUGAUAACCUAAUUCUGAAUUUUCCAAUCGUGAAGAAAUUAGGAAGCCAAGUUAAGAUUAAUCUGAAGAAAGUUCACGUGCUGGGCAAUAAGUAG